AUGAGCUUUCGCCUUCCUAGUUAUCUCCUGCGACGCACCCCACCUGAAGUGUGUAAAACAGCCUACCAGUUACGUUCCCGCGCUGUAACGACUCAAACCAACCGCCUUGCUCUUUUCCCGGGGAACGAUUUCUUCUCUUGUAACGGCCACAUCGCUUGUGACACCGACGAAAAACAGAGUUCAGUCGAUUUGAAGCUCUUGGCUCAGUUGCAGCAACAUGGGUCUGCACCUACCGCUCACAUUCUCAACAGAAUGGUCUCCUCGUGCGCGAAAUCUGGGUCUGUCUUUGUGGGAAUUCAGCUUCAUUCCACCAUAAUCAAGGUGGGUUUUGAUUCAAAUGUCUAUAUUUGCAGUGCUCUUGUGGAUAUGUAUGGUAAAUGUGGUGCGGUUUCAAGUGCUCAGCGGCUAUUCGAUGAAAUGCCCCAUCGGAACGUGGUCACUUGGAAUUCAUUAAUAUCUGGUUAUUUGCAUGUGGGUUGCCCAGAAAUUGCAAUCGAAUUGUUUUUGGAGAUGGUCAAAGUGGGUAUAGACCCGACUCCUUUCAGUGUUUCGGCUGUUUUAGUGGGUUGUUGGCGAAUGGAAGACACAAAACUUGGGAUUCAGGUGCAUGGUUUGUGUAUGAAGUGUGGGUUUUGCUAUAAUAUUGUUGUUGGAACGUGCUUAAUAGAUUUGUACUCAAAGGGUUGGAAUAUUGAUGCUUCGAGACUAAUGUUUGAUCUCAUGCCAGAAAGAAAUAUUAUUACUUGGACUUCAAUGGUUGCUGGCUAUGCUCAUUGUCAGCAACCUGUUGCUGCGAUGGUUUUAGUUAGAGACAUGCAGCGGUUGGGUAUCAGGUUGAAUUAUGUGACUUAUAAUUGUCUAUUGAGCUCUUUUUCUAGUUCAAAUGAUUUGGAUCAUUGUAAGCAAGUUCACUGUAGGAUAAUUCGUGAGGGUUUGGAGUCUAAUUCAUAUUUGGAAGUUACCCUUGUGACAGUAUAUUCAGAAUGUAGCAGUAGUUUGGAGGACUUUAAUAAGGUCUGCUCAGGUGUUACAAGAUGGGAUCAAAUCUCCUGGAAUGCAGUCAUUGGUGGUUUAUCAAAUUUAGGAAAUGGUGAAGCAGCCCUCAAAUGCUUCUCUAAAAUGAGGCAGGCAGGCAUUGAUAUGGACCUCUUUACAUUUACAAGUGUCUUAAGAGCAAUAGGAAUGAUUUCAACCCUUGAUGAGGGAAAGCAAAUUCAUGCUCUGGUUUUGAAAGCGGGCUAUGGCUCAAAUCUUAAUGUUCAAAAUGGCCUUGUUUCCAUGUAUGCAAGAUGUGGCUCAAUUAAUGAUGCAAAGAGGGUUUUCUCAUUGAUGGACAGACAUGAUGUGAUCUCAUGGAAUUCAUUGCUAUCCGGGUGUGCUUAUCAUGGGUAUGGUAGAGAAGCUGUUGAAUUGUUUGAACAGAUGAGAAGAAGUGGGGUCAAACCAGAUAAUACCACCUUUCUUGUUGUGCUCUCUGCUUGUAGGCAUGUUGGGUUGCUGGACAAGGGUCUUGAGUAUUUUGAUUUGAUGAGAAAUGAUUAUUCACUAGAAUCUCCCACAACAGAGCAUUAUUCUAGUAUGGUUGAUCUUUUUAGUCGAGCUGGAUAUUUAUCAGAAGCGGAAGACUUUAUCAAUACCAUGCCAAUAGAGCCAGGAUCCUCCGUCUACAAAGCUCUGUUAAGUGCUUGUCAAGUUCAUGGAAAUGUGGAAAUUGCAGUACGAUGCGCAAAAAAACUUCUCCAGAUGUGCCCCAAUGAUCCUGUGAUUUAUGUGCUGUUGUCAAAUGUACAGGCAACAGUUGGUUAUUGGGAUAAUGCAGCAAGCAUAAGAAAGGUCAUGUGUGAUAGAGGAGUGAGGAAGGAACCUGGUUACAGUUGGAUUUAAGUUAACAAAGAGGAGUGAAACAAGGACAGGAAAGCUUGUCAAUGGAAAAUGAGAGCACCGUAUUUAUAUGGAAGGUGUGCCAGGAUUUGAAGAUCAUUUGGUGCUCACCAGAAUGGGAAUUUUGUUUUAGUCAAUGAUGGAGAUUGGAGUGGCUCAAAUGUUCAGAUCUACUCUGUUGAUGUCAUUACAAUUGAAUUAAAGCAAAUAAUCUUCGAAACUGAUGUUUCGAUGCUUCUUUGAUGACAGUUACACUGUCACUGUGGCUGAUUGGAAUUAGUUACCAUCAACUAUUGUUGAUAUCAGUGGUCAAUGGUAUUCAGCAUCAAGUGUUUAUAAGGCCAUAGACAGGUUAACCAAGAAACCCAUGAUCUAGUGUGGUGGGUCUGUAUUUAUCGGAUCUCUCAUAGUUGGAGGGUAUGUAUGAGUUUGCACAUAAAAAUCUCAGAUCUUUUCUGCUUCAUAUCAGUAAAAUCUUUUCUUUGUCUGACAAAAAUUAGAUCGUCUUAGGGUUGAGAGAGUAUGAAGUGUUGUAUUCUGUGGCAGUCUUAUGUACCAUGAAACAGGUUCAAAUGAAGACAACUUUAUGCCAAAUGCAUUCUUUUGUAGA